AAAGCUUCAAACAUGUGGACUUUCUUUACACAACAAGCUUUUCUCUGACUAAUCAGAAAGACUCUCAGAGCUCAAACCACAAUCCUUCCUCCUUCUUCUGACUAAUGGCGCCAUCUUGUGACGGACAUACAUUACUGUAUCUGGCUUUCAGUCCUCUGGCUAGUCAUGUGUUAUAAGAACCACAGAAGAAGGAGAAGAUGAUGUAGAUGAUGAUGAAGAUGAUGAUCAGCAUCUUGCUGCUCAUCAUCAUGCUGACCUCCUGUGUCUCUGGAACAUUUGUAGUGAAUGUGACCCAGAGCUCCUAUCAGGCAGAGGAGAACCAGGACAUCACACUGGAGUGGACCUUCACCACCAACAAUCACACUUCCUACAACCCUCUUUAUAUCUUGUGUGAACUGUUAACUGAUCUCAGACCCUUAGGUCUGUUUUAUCUCCAUGGAGGAGUUGAGGUCCCAGAGUUUCAGGAUGAACAGUUUGCAGGACGAGUCCAGUGGGACAAAGACGUCUUCAGAGAAGGACGACUCAGACUUCAUGUGUCCAGACUCAGGACUAAUGAUUCGGGACUGUAUGUGUGUAAAGUGUUCACGAGUUAUGGGUUGAGCUCUGGUAAAUGUUGGCUCAAUGUCUCUGGAGAGCAUCGUCUCACCUGUCCUCAGACCAUAGAGGCAGCAGAAGGAGAUGAUGUCAUUAUACAGUGUGGUCUGGACCCCCCCGUCGACUUGUCUGACUACACGCUGGAUGUGGCGAGACUCGACCUCGGUGACGAUGAUGGUGAUGUCUACUGCUAUCGAAGAGGAAAGGACCAACAGGAUGACCAGAUGGAUCGAUACAGAGACAGAACAACUCUCAACCAUGAAGACCUGAUCAGAGGCAUCGUGACUCUGAAGAUCUCCUCAGUAACUCUGUCUGAUAGUGGUCCAUACAAAGUCUACGUCCCAGACCUUAGAGCCAGUUUUAUCGUUAACAUCACUGUUGCACCCAAAGGCCAAGUGAGCGAGACCACAACUAGACCUCCAGCUACCAGUCCUGACUCUGCAAAGGAGGAAUCUGACUGGAUAAUAGUGUUGGCCUGUGUCUGUGGUGUUGUUGGUCUUCUUCUUCUCCUGGUGAAACGUGGAGUCAUCCAGAGUUGCAUCGAGAGGCUCAGAGGAAGGAAGGAGCAAGAACCAGAGACAGCAGGGAAUGGAUGUGAGAUGAAAAACCUGAACAUGGAAGCAGCAAAAGGAGAUGAAGACCUGGAGAGAGCUGCAGGAAAUGGAAACGUCUUACUGUAGGAAACCUCUCUGAGAGCUUGAAUUCAACUUUAUUUAUAGUAUCAAAUCAUAACAAGAGUUAUCUCAGGACACUUUACAGAUAGAGUAGGUCUAGACCACACUCUAUAGUUUAUAAAAAGCCCCAACAAUGACAGAUGCAGUAUUAGAAUAGAUGCAGAUAAAGGUUUUACACAACUCAGACACAACCUGGAUCAUAAUAAGGAGUCCUUUUGGUCCUGAUGCAGUAUUAGAAAAGGAUCUUUACAUAAAUCUUCUGAGCUGGUCAACAAUAAGCCCCCGAACAAAAUCAUAUUAACAACAUCCAGGAUGGUUUAUUACACGGCUGCUCACUAAAGAAAUCAAACAUUUUACACAUUUUACACAAAUAUUGAUUUAAAGGCCGAGCUGCAGGGUUCAUUUUCCAACAAAUUUGUGCAACUUGCUUGUUGGUAAAUAAAUGUAAACUGUUUUCCGUUGUAUUUGAUGUUGUUGGGUAUCACAAAACAGAAUAUAAUAUGAAAAAGUAGGUACUAUUUUACAGAGGUUUACUGUGAUUCUCCUUUCCCCCACAAUGCAUUGCAUUACGUCCCCUUGGGGAGACGACAGACCAAAGCCCGCCUUGAGACCCAUAUUUUUAUUAGUUGUCAUUUAGUUACCAGACGGAGAGGACUCCUUUUAGUACCCGGGGUAUUCCUGCAUGUACUGUAACUAUGCUGUACUUCAAUACAACUGUAAGGUACUUUUAAUGGAGUAUUUUCUAUUUUCAUUGUACGUUUUACUUCUCUAUUUUUAUAGCUUAGCAUAUGUAUGUAUCCACCUUAACCCGGGUUAGGUUGGGACUCUUAAUAUCAGGGACAUAAAGAACGCUGCUUUCCAUCCUUUAACAACAUUCAAAGUAACUUGAAUCUCACACCUUAACCCGGGUUAGAUCACCUAGAAGCUUUGGCCCUUAUUUUUACCGUCUGUGGCCUUAACCUCACCGUGAGUUGGGACUCUUAAAGGAGAAAAUAAUUCAACACGUAGCUCUGUUGUUUGUGGUCACGGAGGUCUGUCAGUAGCGAGAAAACUAAACUAAUCAGCGUUGCCUACACCGAGUUCUCCUCCUGCUCCAGUUAGCACCCAGGAGGCUGAAACGGGGCAGGUUUUAAACCUGCUUUUAGCCUCUGAACAUGUUGGAGAUGUAAUUACAAGUGCCUAGACAUGAGAACUGAUUCCUUCUGAGUGAACACAGUGAAUAUGACUGCAGUAGAUGUGAAAGAAAUACAUAAAAGUCGUGUUAAUUCAGCCAGUGCACAUACCUCUGUUUUGUUCUGGUGUUCUGGUGAAGUCCACACAAGUCGAUUGUCGAACUCAUACAAUCCAUUAUUCCAAAAACAUAUCGGGGACAUAACGAAAGCUGCUUUCUAUCAUUUAAAACUAUCCAAAGUGACUUGAAAUGACAAUUAGUGAACAGAACUGCUGUAUGAUGACGCAGGAUUUUAUUUGCUGCACUUUCUUUUGGCUUUUGUUGAUGUUGCACUUUGUUAAAACAUAUUGUAUUUAUCUGAUUCAUACUUGGAUGUACGAAGCCAAACUUAAUGUUCAACUGUAGAACUUAUUCCACCUUAAAUCUUAUUUUUAAAUGCCUACAUGCUCAAGCUGCUUUUCUCUUAACCGAAUGCAUUUGUUACAAAACACCAGCACCAUGUAUCUUUAUGGAUGUAUUUGUGAUAUUUUUAAUGUAUUUGUGUAUGUACUUUACCUUUUUAACUAUUCUAUUUGUAUAUCCUUCUUCUUAAAGCUAAAUAAAGUCUUUAAAAAGCC